GCAGCCUGCCGUUCUUUACACUCGUCGAUCGAGGUCCAUUCGUUUCUUCUGUGCCUUUUCACGCUCUGUCCUUUCUGUGUCAUCUGCCCCGGAAUCUCGGAGAUCCUCCAUAUUGGUUAUACAAGGAAAAAUGCGUCAAUCAAUCAUCGUUGUCUCCCUGCUCCCUUGUAUCUCUCUGGCCUGCCCGGCAGCCAGCUCUGGUGCUGCACAAGGCCCGUGGGAACAGUGUGGCGGUAUCAAUUGGACCGGUGGCACGACUUGCACAUCAGGCUGGACCUGCGUAGAGCAGAAUCCUUACUAUUCUCAAUGCCUGCAAGCCAGCAACACUCCAUCUCCACCCCAGCCUACAACGUCUUCACCACCAGUCGUUCAGCCUGUGUCGCCCAGCCCAUCUCCGUCCAGCAGCCCAACCAGUGCUAGCGAACCAGCCACUUCCACCAGCCCAGCUUCCAGCAGCGGAGGCCUGACCUACAAAGCAUCGUUCACCCACUACGGUGCCGGCGACAGCUUUGGCUCCCCGAACUGCAACACCAACACGGCGGCCUGCUUCUUCUUCACCUCCCCGGGCUUCAGCGCCGCAGUGUCGCAGAACCUCUACGGCGCUGGACCGGGCCAAGGCCAGGGUCCUGCAUGUGGGACGUGCUGGAAGCUGGUCGGAGAGACCGACUCGUCGGGAAACACCCUCAGCAAUGCGGGCACGAGCAUCGUGGUCAUGGUCAACAACCUCUGCCCGGCCGACGGGAACCCACUGUGUGCCCAGAACGGGCUCUCCGGCACGAAUCAGUAUGGCGCCAACGUCAACUUUGACCUCUGCAGUGACAGCGGUGCGUCGGAGGCGUUCUUUGGAAAUAGUGGCGUCGGCCUCGCCGUUGGUUCUGCCACACAGGUUGACUGCUCCGAGUGGUCUGGUACUGUCGUCCACUAGGUGAGAGCGUGGUGCACGUAUGAUGCACAUUGAAGGGAUCGCAAGUCCCGAGAUUGUGCUGCCCGACUUGUCUUUUCUUCUUUUUAUCGGCUUCUCUACAGCUAGAUUCGGCCAGGCUCCGUGAAUUCUAGCCUUUUGUUUUUCAUUCUUCAGGGCGAACUGCUGGAGGAUAUCAGACCUCGAAGCCCGUUCACAUUUGGACCUUCUUGUACAUGGAUUUUGGAGCUUUGACGUUGAAUGAAAAAGACGGCCUUCGUUUGUGGUGGAUUUAUUUCACGAGUUUAUAAAUUUGAUGGACCCGAAGAGGCCACGGAAAAUUAAAUUCCUGGAGGGUCGUCUAUUCCUGACCCGGUUGACC